GCGACAACACGCUACUCACACCGACAUUAGGCGACAUUAGCUGCACUAAUGUCAUACAUGCUCUACAUAUGCAUCACGCCACUCGCCCGUGGAGCCAAUGACCAAGGGCCAUCAAUCUCGUCGGAUUUCGUGUACAGGAGUGGGCACGAUAUCUACAUAAAGGCUGCCAACUCGCUGGCCUUCCGGAUCUGUGAUGCGACUGUGACUGCCGUCUCUUGCAUUUUUGGGACGAAUCUAGUGCCAUCUGUCUUCCCGCGCGGUCAAAAUGCGCUUCGUGCUCCUCGCGACACUCAUCGCUACUGUUUGCGCGUUCGAUGCCAAACGGAAUCAAGCCUCCUGCGCUGAUGUUCAUAAAUCCGUCCAGAGCGGGGGAUGGCAAGGCGCGGCGAGCAGGUUCUGCUCUUCUUGGUACCCAACUUCGACAAUCACAACCACCGUGACAUCUACCUCUUCCCUCCUCGUCAUGGCAACCGCAACCACCGUCCUUGUCACGACGUCCAGCAGCACGACGACCACCACCACCGUCACCGCCACUUGUGGACUCCCUACUGUAACAGCAAAAGCUCGUCGUGACCCAUCGCGAGAGGGAAGCCAUCCCGCCAACCCCAAGCCUGCGUGUUUCGCAGGCUACACCGCCCCCUGGGCUAUCUCCUCUGCGUGUAGCUGUCUUGGUAUCACGGCUCCUACCAAAACCCUCAAGCAUGAACGGAUCGCCACGACCACAGUUACCAGAAAGGCGCGUUCCAGAACAUCAAGACCACCGCGACAACGACUUCGAUAUCUACCUUUACUUCCACUUUUACCACCACAACUGUCCCUUCCAGUUUUUACCUCUACGCCACUCUUUCCUUAGCGUACGGGCUUAUUGACGUACCCGACCCGGCCUCGCAAAUCCAAUUCACGCUACCCACGGACGACGGAGCGGGCGUUUUCAGUCUCAACAGCGAAGGAUCCAUCACGUUAGAUACCGGCACGCCAGGGUUUAUCGGUUCCCAGAGUGGCGUC